AUGGGUUUUGGUAUUAGCAGUACGCGAGGCCGAUGCGUCAACUAUGCCUCACACGUCUACGAGGCGACAAAGGUGACCUUGCCGUGUCGUGGGAGGUCCACAAUACAGCGGCCAUUUGGGAGUGGGAGGCGGGGGGCAUCGCUGCGUGGUGACGGUAACGCGGUGGCGGUGGCAGCGGAAGCGGAAGCGGAAGCGGAGGCGGAGGCGGAUGAGGAGGAGCUCUCCGACAUCACCAACAGCUCCUUCACACGAAGCAGCGACAGGGGCGCCAUAGUGGGCAGCUCUCUUUCCUUCAAGGCGGAUGACUUGGAGCGGCAGCGUCGCGAGCCACCGCCCUCCAUAGAGGAGGAUCUCUUCAUCUACGACGACGUUGUCGUCUCGAAGAAUGACGCCCAGACGAAGCACUGGCGCAUUGAGGGACGCAGGCCGCAGGCCUCCAGACGGACUUCGCGGAAACCCAACGAAGGCGCACUGUCGGACAGAUUGUUCCACUUCACGGACUUCAACGUUUGUGUCGACGAGGUGGAUUUGACGGCGGAACAUCCGAUGGGUAGCGUUGCCAUGCAGCAAUUGGCAUUUGGGCAGAAGGCUCAACAGGCGGUUCUGUUAGGGGCCACCGUCAUGACAACAUUUAGCACAGUCCCCAACACGGUGGCUGCGAUGCUGCGCGGGAAUGAGGUACAGGCAGCGAAUAAAUUUGGUCGUCCGCUGCUGGACGUCAAGGUGGAGACGUUGAUUGGGCACUCAUCGCGGGUGAAGUGCCUUUCUGUGGCCCCAGCAGAGCGUAGUUUGGUGAGCUGCUCGAGCGAAGACGCCUCAGUGACGCUGCGCAGCCUUAUAAAUGGAGAGGGUGAAGGUAUUUUUACAGGUCACUCUGACAAUGUUAUCUCCACUGCCAUCUCCCCGGACGGCAAAUACCUUGCCACCACCAGCAAAGACCGCACCAUGGUGGUGUGGGAUGCAAGCAUGGGCAAGCUACUGUAUGUAUUGCAGCAUGAAAUGGUGGUGAUUUGCUGCAGCUUUAGCCCAGACAGUAAGACGAUGGUUUCGGGGUGUCAAGACCGCAUCUGCCGAUUGUGGGACACCCGGACGGCGCGGGAACGACUAUCGUAUACACAUCAUACUGGAAUCAUAGUCAGCGUGGCAUACAGCCCAGAUGGUGCAUAUGUGUGUAGCACGUCCGCCGACAGAACACUACGGGUAUGGUCGACGACAAACGCCAAGACGCAUCUAACACUAAGAGGUCACGUAGGAAUCAUUUUGGCGUGUAGUUACACUGCCGAUGGAAAACAUAUUAUUAGUAACGAUGAGACUUACCUUUGCGUCUGGUCAGCUGUCGAUGGGUUGUGCAAGCUCCGUCUAGCCGUUACAAAAGUCGCCAAUAGGCCAUUUGACAGACCCCGUGCUGAAAGGUUGGGGUGGACGUUUUCGUCCGCAGCUCCAGGGGCCUUCACGCAGUACGUUGUGGUGGCCUGUACAAACCGUUUUGUGUAUAUUCUCAACAUUGACGAUGGUAGUGAUCAAUACAGUACGUUUUGCAAGGCCCCCGUGUACAGUUUGGCGGUUGGAAGCAAAGAGAAGGUCGUCUUCGGGGACAGUUUCGGUAAUGUGUAUGUGAUGACACUUUCAUAG